CCUUGUCCUCUCCGGUAUGCAUACUCAGCUGGAUACCGGCAGCGUGGAUGCCGUUCACGACUUGCGUACAACAACACCAACUGUCCAAUCCCUUCCUAAUUCAGACUUUUGUCUCUAUUUGUAUUUGCUGCUUGUACGGACAACCAUGCAAGCCACAGACGUUCGGCCAAAAGUUGGAGUCGGCGUACUCAUUUUCCGAGGCACUGAUGUCUUAGUGGGCUGCAGGAAAGGUUCGCAUGGCACAGGCACGUACGCAUUGCCAGGUGGCCACCUGGAGCUCGGGGAGAGCUUUGAGCAGUGCGCCAUCAGGGAGGUAGAGGAGGAGACUGGUAUCCAGAUCCGUGACCCGGCUUUCGCGUACGCCGUCAACAGUGUCUUCAAUGAGACGACCCACUACGUCACCGUCUUCAUGCGGGUCGACGUGGACCAGGGUGUGGAGCCCAAGCUCAUGGAGCCUGACAAGUGCGAAGGCUGGUCCUGGGUGCCCUGGGAUGCCAUCCCGGAGCCCGUCUUCCUGCCUCUUAGAGCCCUAAAGGACAGCCCGUACAGGCCGUUUGGGUGAGGGCUCCGACCAGCCCACCUGAUGACCGGAUACAUCACCCACCACCAUCCAGUAGUGCAGUAUCUGUGAUACCGAUGGGUUGAAGGGUGAAGUUUCCACGUGAUGCGAGCAUGGCGUUCAGAACCACCCCAGAGCGCAUGUGUUAGCCCAGGUUAGCCUAUAGUUCUGCCGAACGGGUCUGGUUUCCUCUGGGCCAUUGUCUGGGCCAUUGCAGUCUGGGCCAUUGCACAUGAGGGCGCGCCGUUGGCCUGUAUGAUGUCCACUACGUUGUCGACCGUUAGCUGGUUAAGCCUUCACACAUUCUUUUGCACAGACGUUAUCAUCAAGAAGGCUUCGUGACGUCAUGGGCAGCUGCAUGCAGUUGUCCUUAUGCACGGUUAACCCCAACAAUGCCGCCGUCAGCUCGA